GCAACUUUGUCUGGAUUUCGCUCUCAAAAUCUGCCAACGACAUCCAUUCCAUCAUUAAUCUUGCUUGGUUUAAUUUCUCACUGAUUCAAACUCAUUCCACUUAUAAUAUCACCCUGCUCUGCAAUUGGUUUCAUCCCAAGCCAAGCUAGCUGCUGCAGAAUAUCAUUUCGUGUCACUGUGUUUCCAGUCCUUCUGUAAUCAUUACUUUCUCAACAGAUAAAAGAAGAGCCAUCUCCAAAAAACAGAACAAUUGAAUUUGCAUUCCUACUCCGGUGCUCUAGACUCAGGAUUUUGAGGACCAACUAGCUUCAUCCAUAAACAAAAGAGAUCAAGGCAUGGAUUUUCUUUCUGCAAUUGGUAGUGCCAUUGUUGAACCAAUUGUCAGGUAUACGGUUCAACCUGUUGCACGUCAAGUGGGUUAUGUUAAUCACUUCAAAAGAAACCUUCAAAAACUGGAGGCUCGAGUGGAAGAAUUGAGAGCUGCUAGAGAGGGGAAAAACAUUGAGGUUGCUGAAACUCAAAGAAAAGGUGAAGGAAUCCACCCAGAUGUCCAGUUGUGGCUGAAAAAAGUGGAGGAGAUCACUGCAAAGACUGACCAAUUCCUGAAAGAUGAAUGCAGCCAAGAAAAUCUGAAAUGCCUGCAUGGGUUUUGCCCUAAUCUGACCAUGCGUCAUCGGCUGAGCAGGAAUUCUACAAAGCUGUUGCAGGAGGUUGUUGAACUACAUGAAAGAAGAAGGCAACUUCCCAAAGUUUCAUGCGGUGUCCUCCGCGAAGAGGCGUGCAUCAUAUCUACUGGAGAUUACCAGGCCUUUCAAUCAAGGAGGUCAACUUUCAAGGAAAUCAUGGAUGAAUUACUGAAGAACCCUAAUACCAUCAGGAUCGGGGUGUACGGAAUUGGAGGCGUGGGUAAAAGCACACUUGUCAAAGAAGUGUAUAGGCAAGCUAAACAAGAUCAGACCAAGUUAUUUGAUGAUGUGGUUUUAGUCCUCGAUGUGAAAAAGAAUUCAGACCCGGAAGAUCUUCAGAAGAAAAUUGUUGAAAAAUUGGACAUGAAGAUUAGUCAAAGUGAUGAUGAGACUAUAGACGGAAGGGCGAAGCGUCUAUGUGGCAGGAUAAAGAACAAAAAUGUUCUUGUAAUUCUGGACGAUGUUUGGGAACCAAUUGACUUGGAGUCUGUUGGACUUCCUAGUGUAGCUACUUGUAAGAUACUGCUGACAUCUAGAAGUAGAAAAGCAUUAUCUGAUAUGGGUACGCAUAAAGAUUUCCAGCUUCACAUUUUAGGAGAAGAAGAGACUUGGGCUUUAUUUGAGAACAAGGCAGGCGAUGUUGUUAAGGAUCCCGCUAUACAAACAGUAGCAAAACAAGUUGCCCAAAACUGCGGAGGUCUGCCUGUUUUGGUUGUCACAGUGGCAAGCGCUUUAAAGAAUAGAACCACUCUACCUCCAUGGAAGGACGCUUUGACAUGCCUGCAAGAAGGGUCUGACAGAGAUGACGAAUUGACAGAAAAGGCAUACUUGGGUCUAGAGUGGAGUUACAAUCAGUUGACUGAUAAGCAACUUAAGCCAUUGUUCUUGUUAUGUGGAUAUGCUGUGCAGUGGAAUGAUAUUGUUUUGGACGACUUGUUGUACUAUAGCGUGGGUUUGGGUUUUUUUGAAAAGCCCUACACAGUGGAGAAAGCACAAAAUGCAUUGUAUUCGUGGGUUGAAAAACUCAAGGACUUUUGUCUGUUGGUAGAGAGCGAUGAUGAUAGAUAUGUCACAAUGCAUGACCUUGUACGCAAUGCUGCUAACCGGAUUGCAUCCAGAGAUCCACAGAUCUUAGCAUUAGUGAAAGAUGAAGAUGAGGGUGGUUUGAAAGAAUGGCCAGAUAGAAGUUUCUUAGAGAAGUGCACAACCAUCUCUUUGCCUUGUAACGGCAAUUUUCCAAGCCUUCCGCAAGUUAUGCAAUGCCCAGCUCUAAGAAUGUUUCUGUUGGAGGGUAAUUCUAAACCGCUGGCAAUAGCCCCUACGUUAUUUAAAGAGAUGAAACAACUCAAUGUUUUGAGUUGGAUAAACAUGGGCAUAGGGUCUCUUCCUCAAUCUCUUGGGCUCCUAGAGAAUCUUCGGACACUUUGUUUACUAUAUUGCACAUUGGACGAGAUAUCUAUUGUUGGGCAGCUAAGAAACUUAGAAAUUCUAAGCUUUGAAGGUUCUGAUUUUGUACAUCUGCCCCAAGAAAUAGGGCAACUGGCUCAUCUACGGUUGUUGGAUCUAUCCGGCUGCUGUAGACUUGAAGUGAUAUCACCUGGUGUUAUAUCAAGCUUGACAAGCCUGGAAUGCUUGACAAUGAAAAAAAAGCUUUGACAAUUGGGUGAUUGAAGGUGAAAGAAACAAUGCUAGCCUUUCAGAGCUGGAGCAUUUGUCUCAUUUAACUGCAUUAGUAAUACAUGUUCCCGAUGCAAAUCUUCUUCCAGCUAACUUUUUCUCCCUUAAGCUAGAAAGAUUCCAAAUCAUGAUUGGUAAAACAUGGGCGUGGGACGAGGACGAGGACGAGGAGGGUGAGGGUGAGGGUGAGGGUGAGGAUAAUGAGGAUGAUGAUGAUGAGGAGGAGGAGGAGGAGGAGGAUAAGUACCCAUUCCUCAACAGACUAAAACUCCAGCUCACUACAAGCAUUGAGUUGAAUCAAGGUCUAAGAAAGUUGCUGAGGUUAUGUGAUGAUUUGUCCUUGUAUGGGACGGACAGUGUUAAUCAUAUUGUCCACCAAUUUGAUAAUGAAGAUUUUCAGCAACUGAAACAUCUCUGUCUCCGAAACAAUGUCGACUUUAUUAUUACCAAGAAGGUUAUGUUGCGGAACUUAAAGACUUUGGUGGUACAUGAAUGUGAUAAUAUAAGAUUCUUGUUCACCUUUUCUGUGGCUAAGAGCCUUGUACAACUCAAAUGUUUAGAGAUUUCUUCAUGUAAACUGUUGAAAGAGAUUGUAUUAUCGACAACAGAAUGUGGUCGUGAAGAAAGUAUGGGUAACAUGUUUCCCAAUCUAGAAGUUUUGAAUCUUAAGGGACUCGAAAAGCUGGCUAGAUUUUGCACGGGAAGUUAUGUUGAAUUUCCGUCCUUGAAAGAAUUGGAAGUAGAUGAUUGUCCUGAAC